UGAUGUUUCGUAUACAAAAACUAAUGCUAGAAGAAUAUCGCGACAUCUAUGAACCGGUUAUAGUGGAAAAUCCUUUUACACAGGUUACAGAAUACGGAGAGGGUUUAAGGCAAUACCAUAUAGGACUAACACGUUCCAAAAUCAUAUUUGGCUGUGAUGACUUUGAUGCAAUCGAUUUGGAGGAUUUUGUUUAUAAAGGUCUUGAUCCCGAAAUUGAAACCUUCCGGUUGGUCAGCCUAAUGCCUUUGCAAUUUCUUAAGUUAAAUUUUUAUCGCAAAAGAAAUAGAAAUAUUAUGCGCAUUUGUAUAUGUGGAGAAGAGGAGAAACCAAUGCUGUUUGAAUUUGGUGGUCAUCUUUAUAAGAGUCUUUUCUGGAAAACUUGGCGUGAACGUGUGGCCACUAUACGUAUGUUACAUUCCAAUUUGUUUCAUAUAUCUUGCUCCUCUCCCUUUUCCAGUACCGAUGUCUUGGCCGAAGAGGACGUUUGUUAUGCUCAAGUUCAUGGGGGUUCCAAUUAUUCGCCAAUGUCAUGGAGAAAUUAUUCAACAAAUUGUAGUUUGUUGAGUCAGUAGUUGAAGAUUAUUGAAUGAAGAAUUGUAUAAUAAUGUAUUGUUAUCACCUAUUUUAAAUAUAUAUUGUUGGAACGAUUUUUAUUUCGGGUCAUAAUAAAGGU